AUGAAGAGGGAGAACAUGAGCAAUGUGUCCGAGUCACUCCUGGGGCUCCCCAUCUGGCCAGAACAGCAAUGCCUGUUCUUUGCCCUGUUCCUGGGCAUGUACCUGACCAUGGUGCUGGGGAAUCUGCUCAUCAUCCUGCUCAUCAGGCUGGACUCUCGCCUUCACACCCCCAUAUAUUUCUUCCUCAGCCACUUGGCCUUCACUGAUGUUUCCUUUUCAUCUCUCUCCAUCCCUAAGAUGCUGAUAAACAUGCAUGCUCAGGAUCAAUCCAUCCCCUAUGCAGGGUGUGUAACACAGAUAUAUUUUUUCAUAAUUUUUGUUUGUCUUGACAAUUUCCUUCUUGCUGUGAUGGCAUAUGACAGGUAUGUGGCCACUUGUCAGCCACUCCACUACACUUCUGUUGUGAGGGAGGAGAUGUGUGUCUUACUUUGGCCUGUAUCUUGGUCCUUAAGCUGUCUUUUUUCCAUUGGACAUUCUUUCCUGCUUUGUCGAAGAUUAAACAGCAUGAGGAGGGAGAACCAGAGCAGCGUGUCCGAGUUCCUCCUCCUGGGGUUCCUCAUCCAGCCAGAGCAGCAGGGAGUGUUCUUCACCCUGUUCCUGGGCAUGUACCUGACUACAGUGCUGGGGAACCUGCUCAUCAUCCUGCUCAUCAGGCUGGACUCCCGCCUCCACACCCCUAUGUACUUCUUCCUCAGCCAGUUGGCCCUCUCUGAUAUUUCCCUUUCAUCUAUUAUAGUUCCAAAGAUGCUCAUGAACAUGCAGACUCAGCAACAAUCCAUUCACUAUGUGGGGUGCAUUUCUCAGAUGUAUUUUUUCAUACUUUUUGGUUGUCUUGACAACUUCCUUCUUGCAGUGAUGGCAUACGACAGAUAUGUGGCCAUCUGUCAGCCACUCCACUACACCACUGUCAUGAGGCAGGAACUGUGUAUCUCAUUACUAGCUGGAUCCUGGUUCUUCUCUUGCAUUCAUGCCCUGCUGCACACCCUGCUCUUGGUCCAACUAUCAUUUUGCGCUGAUAAUACCAUCCCCCACUUCUUCUGCGACAUCACUGUGCUCCUGAAGAUGAGCUGCUCAGAUAUCUCUCUCAAUGAGCUGGUCAUCUUUACUGAAGGAGGAGUGCUUUUCAUCCUGCCCUUGAGUAGUAUCUUGGGCUCAUAUGUCCACAUAGGGACAACUGUCCUGAGGAUCCCCUCUACCAAGGGACUCUUUAAAGCCUUUUCUACCUGUGGCUCCCAUCUUUUUGUGGUGUCUUUAUAUUAUGGGACACUUGCAGGUGUUAACUUUUUCUCCACAUCAUGGGACUUCAGUGACAAAGAUAUAAUUGCUUCAGUCAUGUAUACAGUAGUUACCCCUAUGCUGAACCCCUUUAUCUAUAGCCUGAGGAACAAAGAUAUAAAACAGGCCCUAGAAAUCUUUGUCAAGAGGGCUAACUUUUAA